UGGAAAAUACAGGUGGAUUUAGACAAGAUUUGGGGAAUUGUCUGUAAUUCUUUGUGAGGGAGCAUUUCCUUGCCCUGUGAGGGCGGUGUGGGGAUGGGGACACGGCAGAUUGCCCUGCAAUGCACGGGUCGCUGGAGCGGCAGUGGCGGGGCAAACCUUUGCCCCAACACAUUUAUUGGCAUUUAUCUUCGUGUGGGUGGAAAGUGCUGACUGUGUUCACCAUUUUGACUGAUUGGUGUAUAUGGAUCAAGGCUUUGACCUAGUGGCAGUGUAUCCUAAUUGAGGUCUGAAGGGUCUUCUAUCCCGUUCUUAGCUUCCCCCUUCCCAACCUGAGCUUGCAAAAAGGGUGUCUAAUGAUGAGUCUUGUGACGGAUUCACCAGUGCAUUCAUCUAGCAGCGAUGACUUCGCAUCCUACCUCGAUGCACAGUUAGGUUCUGGUUCUACUGGUACAUCUGGUUCAUCGGCUGAUGACGAAACUGACAACGAGAGUGAUCAUGAAAGCGAAAGGAUAAAGAGGCUCAAGGCAAAGAAACUGGAAAUUUUGGAGGAACCUGAGGGGUCAACUUCACGUGAAUAUUCAGAACAAAUUGUAGAUUCAGAACAAAUUAUAUGUAAGAAGUCCUCCAGACUAAAUGUGUAUCCAUGUCAGUUUCUUUUAUUCCUGUGACAAUGGUCUUUAGAGGGUAGGAAAUUCUUGAUCUCAGCCUACUUAAGAUACAUCACACAAUUAUUAGUCGAUUUCUAGUUCAAGAAUUUUGUGAAUGAGCUUCUGCCUUGAAUGCGAAGCUUUGGUUGGUUCUGGAGGAAGAAAUGUCCUUUACCUAGCUUUGUCUCAGGUGUAGGCUGUGCUUAGUUCAUUUUUAAUUUACAUACAGGUGUCGCUACUUUUGGCCUGUGACAUAGGUGUAUUAGCUUAACAAUGUGGAUAAUGUGUGUGGAUGUUAUCAAGCACAGCUCUUUCUUAUUGUUAA